CCAGAGUCGCAGAGGCCUGCCCUGAGAUCUUACCUCAGCUGUUUCUCACCCCAGGGUGAAGGUGGGUCCAGACCCGCCCCUCCUUAGCUUCCUAUAAGGGCUGGGACCCGGGACAACAGGUUCUCACACCAUGAAGCCCUCUACCUUCCUCCUGGCCUCCGCGCUGCUCUGCACCCUGCUGGGUCUCGGGUGCCCGCUAAGCUGUGAGAUGUGCAGGGGCUCCGGGCCCACGUGCAGCGGAAAAAUCAAGACUUGCGAGGCGGGCAAGGAUGCCUGCGUGAUCGUCGUGGGGGAGUCCAGCACAAAGGGCCGCCACUCAGUGAACACCUACAAGGGCUGCAUGAAGUUCAGCGACUGCUAUUCAGGCUUCGUAUCAACCACCAUGGGCUCCCAGGACUACAUGGUGUCCUACACGUACUGCUGCCAGAGCGAAGGCUGCAACCAAGGUUCCGUGCCCCCACCCCAGAACAAUCGUACUGAGAACGGCCUCCAGUGUCCCGCCUGCGUCGUACCCUUCCAGGAGACAUGCCCGGGGACCCAGGCAGCCCGCUGCGUUGGCCAGGAAACCCACUGCGUCUACUUUGCUGGCAACGUGCAGGCUGGUGAGGGACACCUAGAUCUCUGGAGGAGAGGACAGGGGCCCCAGCACUGGAGGCUAAUACUUCCAAGUAUCAUCAAUACCAAAUUUGCCACUCGGGGCUGUGCUACAGAGAGUGCCUGCUACGCCAAGGAGGGGGCCGAGGUGCCCUCAGCCUCCUAUCUCUACUUCCUCCGCCGAGCAGACUGCCUUCCAGCACCCCUGCCCCCUGGCAGGGCUGAGUGAAGAAGUGAGGAAAAUGUGGCUUGAGGUCCCCAUUAGUCCUCGGCCUACAGCUCCCCAUGUGCCUAUAAAUUAAACAGGUUAAUAAAGCAAGCCUGGGUC